CGAAGUUUCAUACUAUAAUAUGUCUACUAUGACUACUUCGAAAUGUAGUGUGUUCCCAACGGUAGAAAAAUGUUCAUCAACAGGACGAGAAAAACAUACGGUGGUAGCCGCCAUGGACGGGACAUUACUAAGAGGGCGAAGCUCUUUCCCUUACUUUGCUCUAAUCGCUUUCGAAGUGGGCGGGGUUUUGAGGCUUCUCUUCUUGCUUUUCGCUGCGCCAUUAGCUGGAUUUCUCUACUACUUCCUGUCCGAGUCGGCUGGAAUCCAAGUCCUCAUAUUCGUCACUUUCGCCGGAAUGAAAGUCUCUGAUAUCGAGUGGGCCGGUAGAGCUGUACUGCCAAAGUUUUACUCGUCGGAUGUUCACCCGGAGUCGUGGCGAGUUUUCUCUUCGUGCGGGAAACGGUGCGUUUUGACUGCAAAUCCCAGAGUCAUGGUGGAAGCUUUUUUGAAGGAAUUUCUUGAAGCUGACAUGGUUUUGGGGACUGAGAUAGAGAGUUAUAAGGGAAGAGCAACUGGGUUUGUUCGGCCGCCGGGAGUACUUGUUGGGAAGAAUGAGGCUGAUGCUCUGAAGAAAGCUUUUGAUUUUGAGACUAAUAGGCCUGACGUUGGGCUUGGUGAUCGACUCACCGAUGUUCCGUACAUGUCACUAUGCAAGGAGGGUUACAUGGUGGCAGCCAAGAGAGACGUGAAAGCCGUGAGAAUCCCCAAACCGGUCAUCUUCCACGACGGUCGACUUGCCUGCAAGCCCACGCCACUCGUGGCUCUCCUAAUAGUCUUAUGGAUCCCAAUAGGCUUUGUCCUUGCCUGCUUGCGAAUCUUCGUUGGCUUCCUCCUCCCCAUGCACCUCCUCUACUACUCUUCUUGGGCCCUCGGCGUCCGCAUCAUCGUCAAGGGAACUCCUCCUCCACUAGUCAACAAAUCUAACAUCCUCUUCGUUUGCUCACACAAGACCCUCCUAGACCCGGUAUUCCUUUCCAUAGCCUUGGGCAGGCCAAUCACCGCCGUGGUGUACUCACUCUCGCGGUUGUCUGAGAUCAUCUCACCCCUGAAGACCGUCCGUCUAACCCGGGACAGAGUUAGGGACGGUUCCAAGAUCAAGAAACUCCUCCAAGAAGGUGACUUGGCCAUUUGCCCCGAGGGAACAACAUGUCGUGAGCCGUUCCUUCUCAGAUUCUCGGCGCUUUUUGCCGAGCUGACGGACCAGCUGGUUCCGGUGGCUAUGGUGAAUCAGAUGAGCAUGUUUCAUGGGACCACAGCAAGGGGAUGGAAAGGGAUGGACCCAUUUUACUUCUACAUGAACCCGAGCCCGGCUUAUGAGGUGACCUUCUUGAAUAAGUUGUCGCAGGAGUUGACUUGUGGCUCAGGAAAAUCAAGCCAUGAGGUGGCCAAUUACAUACAAAGAAGCAUUGCCUCCACUCUUUGUUAUGAGUGCACUAGUCUUACACGGAAACACAAGUACCAAGCUCUUGCAGGAAAUGACGGAAUUGUGCCUGUGACUGAGAAACCUUUUCUCCAACGGGCUGCUAAUACAAUUUCUUUUGUUUACUUUUAA